CAGGCCUUUAUUUUGACAACAGCGAACCGGAAGUGCCUCUAUCCGCUGAUGAUUUUGAGCAGUUCACCGUCAGCCUGUAGUCCAGCCAUGCAGCAAAGAGAAGAGAAGCAGCUGGAAGCGGCGACGGAGUCGCUCAUUUCUCGGGUGGCUCACGUGAAAAACGCUCUCCACAGUUUUAUCUAUAAGUUGGAAAAUGAAUACGAGCGUUUAACAUGGCCGUCUGUGUUGGACAACUUUGCGCUGCUCUCCGGUCAGCUGAACACCAUCAACAAACUGCUGAAGAACGAGAAGACGCCCUCCUUCCGCAAUCAGGUCAUAAUCCCCCUGCUCCUAUCACCGGACAGAGACGAAGAUCUAGCGAAACUCACGGAGCAGCGUGUCCCGGUGUUCAGCCAUGAGAUUGUGCCGGACUACUUGCGGACCAAGCCCGAUCCUGAGGUGGAGGAGCAGGAGAAACAGCUGAGUGUGGAGUCGGCGCGCAUCGGCCCAGAGGUGGCGCAGAAACAAAUCCAGGCGUUGAACAAGCUGUGUUCCAAUCUACUGGAGAAGCUGAACAAUCCACGCGAUGACAGAGAUUCAGAAAGUGCAUCAAUGAGACAGAACAAACCAUCCUUCAACCCCGCUGACACCAACGCGCUGGUCGGAGCUGUCGCAUUUGGAAAGGGGCUCUCCAAAUGCAGGCCGCCGGGCCCGGUCGCCCCUGGACACCCGGGUCAAGGUCCCAUGAUGGGCGGGGGUCCGACCCUACAGCAGGUCACCAUCGGUGGUGGCUCGGGUCAGCAGUCGGCCAUGGGAGGACCUGGGGCGCCGCAGCAGCAGGGACAGCCAGGUAGGAGAGCUGCAGAGCUGGGAAAAAUGCCAAGCAGCAUCAAGACAAACAUCAAAUCUGCGUCGGGUUCAAUGCACCCGUACAACCGAUGAGCUGCAAAACUCUCCUACAGGAAACGGAUAUAUUUACAGGUCAUACUGUACACACAGUGCCAUCUGCAUCAAAUGGACGACUUCUAACAAGCUAUCACCCUGCGAUCUCCCAUGACGUACAGACGUCACGUCUCGAGCGGAACAUUUUUUGUUCUUUGUGACUGUUUUACACUGUACACUACAGUGUUUAAUGCUGAGCUACAGCGUUGGAGCCACUAGGUGGCAGUAGGUCAUCAUUUACCGCAUCGUCGGCUCCUGUUAUUAACUGUACUCUCAACAUUUUUACAAUAAAAGAUGUGUUAAAAAAAGA